GUGUGCCAUUUUCUCCUGCUUUGUAACGACCCGCUCCGCUGCCCCUCUCUCCUGCCCCGAGGCCGUGGGUUUUGUGAUUGAUUUUUGGUGAAUGGGCUCUGAUUAGAUGCAAGCCGAGCCAGCUCCAGGGGGGAGGCCGCUGGCAAGGCAAGGCAAGGCAAGGCAAGGCAAGGCAAGGGCUGCGCUCCCUUCCGCCGACCGGCAGCGGCUGAGUGCUGCCCCCGCCCAAACCUCCGCCCCGGCUGUUGCCCAUCCAGCGCCUCUUUGUAGCGUGGGGGCCGGGCUCGCACGUAACAAUGCGGGCGGCAGAGGGGGCAGGAGAUGCCCCGGGCGCCGGGGGCAGACGGAGCCGGUGCGGCACGGGGUUGGCAGUGCAGUGUCUGCUCCCUUGGCACGGAUGGCUUCCUUCACUCGCGGGCCCCUGCGGCGCGAGAGAGACUUCGUUCUGGACGGGGUGGCGGUGGGCAGCAUCGCCGGCGGCUACACGCGGAAGCUGCCCAAGCUGUGGUCCGCUGUGCCCCCUUACAACGCCCAGCUGGACUACCACGCUGCCAACUACUUCGCAUCCCCUUCUGUUAAGGCGGUGCUGCGGAAAACGGAGCAGCAGUAUGGUGGCACAUCUAGGGAUGGCUGGAUAGUGGACUAUUUCCACACCUAUGGGCCAGGGCAGAGAUACCUGAACAGGAGAAACUGGGCUGGUGCAGGCCAUUCUAUUGAGUACGUGAGUGGCCAUGAUGGUUACCUGGCAGAUGUGAAACCACUGAGAGGGUACAACGGACGCUUUGGCUAUCGUCGUAACACCCCUGAUCUGCGGAAGAAGUCAUCCUGCUUUGGUGAAGUCACUAUUUUUCCGCUCCACUGAGGAUGUAGCAGCUGCUUUGCAUAUGCCGUUGAUAUUAGCCCCUUGGGGCACAACAGAGUUCUGGAGAGAGCUCAUUAGGAGUAGGAUUUUAAAAUAAAAUGUAGUUAUUGUUUGUUCUAUUUUUAA